UUAGUAAAGAUUCAUAAGUGGUACACAAUAUUGAUACUACGUAGAAACAUAGUCAUCAAUAUGUUACUAUAACUUUUUAAAAAAUAUUUCAAAUAAAAGUACCGCAUUAAAAGAAAAUAUACCAGUUCAGUAUCAACACAAGUAGACUAAUAAACCGAUUCAUAGAUAUCCUGUAGGUAAAAACAUGCAAAAUUUUUAUUUAUUCUGUUUGAAAGCCAGCCAGAUUUUCAAUCCAUUCUGUUGUAACGAAAACACUUCACUCAUAUAAGAAAAAUAGACAUUAAGAUGUGACAAGCCUCAUAAAGGGAAUAGGUGGGGGAAGCACCUGGCGCCUGUUACUGGCCUCCACAUCCUGGAUCUCAAUCAGACCGCCGAAACGGCGACAGACAAAAGAUAGGGAGAGAGGGAAGGUGGAACAGGGCCCCACUUUAUCGCCGACUUCACAGUGAGACUGUCUACCCACAUGGAAGGUGGACAGGGCCCCACUUUAUCACCGACUUCACAGUGAGACCGUCUACCCACAUGCAACGAGACCCGCUCUGUGGACCGGGAGAGACUGUCUACUUUUUUCACACUCUUCAGACCUACCCUUUAAUGCUAGGCACGUCACAGAUGGAUACUAAAGAAGGAGACUUACUGAUGUGACCUGUGCUGGAAACCCCGAUGAUUCUGGAAUUGUUUUGUGCAGUUAUAUAUAUUCAGUAUGCUAAAACGGUUGUUGGUAAUCAAAAGAAAAGAUUUAAUGUGUAAUAUAAACUUAACCGUACGAAGCAUUUAAACCACUGCGUACCCUUACUACUCCAAGAAUCACAAAAAAGUGUUAACAUGUGAAAGUUUGCUAAGAAGAAAACAAAACUUACUCAAGAAAUGUAAAUAAACAAAGCGUUGAAAUCAAACGUGUGAACAAAGGCUGCUGACACCCGCACACCCUCAGCUCUGGAAGGGUCCAGAAGUUAGAUAGGGUGUCUUAAAAUCUUUGUGAAAGCUAUUCCGUGGACUCUCAGAAAACAGAAAACUACCACAAUUAACACAGAGCAGGUCACAGGACACUACUCUGUUAGUCGUCAGUUGAAGACCGUUGAGCAGUCCUAUGGAGACUCGCAGCAAGACAUCCCACGCCUGGCUUGCUCUUACAGUUGUUGUGUUGAGUGUUGCGACUGUGGCGGCUCUACAGAAAGAUGCAAACCAUGUGGUUACAGAAGCCUUUUAUGAAAAGGAGCGAUACAAGACACUGCUUGUAUUCAAUAAAUACAGAUCAGUACGUCGGGAAAGAUAUGUGUGUGAAACAGGCUGGCACAGCAACAAUGACAUUGCAUGCGACUAUGCCAUAUGCAAUGGUCUAACAAAUUUAAAUGGGGCUUGUAAUACUCGCAUUGGUGAUUCACACAUCAUUUAUACUGAUGGUACCAUCCAGUACUACCCAGAUGGCUCCUGUAACAGUCCAAAUAGCUGUACAUGCACAAAGGCAGGAUUUUACAGUGGAGGACCAGUUUGUUCAAUGUGCACGGCUAUUUCAAACUGUAACUUAGAGACUUGCACCACCGCAACAAAUCAGGUGUGCUCCAGGUGUGAGGGGACAGUACAGGAACUGGUGGGUUACAGAGCCUAUGUGCCAUCUUCUGACAACAGGGCUUGUAACAAGGCUUGUUCAUGGCGCUCUGACAGCACCCGCUGUUAUCCAGGCAGCUGUCCCACAGAACUCGCUAGCAGCUGCACAUGUUCAAGCGGUUUUGGAGGACUGCACUGUCAAAAUAUUGUGUCUCAAGCUGACAUCAUCUACAAUGAACUAAAGUUAACUGCCUCAGAUGGUUCAAUUGUGAUAGCCCCAUUCGAUACAAAUGCAGGGCCAUCUGCAUCUCAGAAUGAAAUCUGGACAAAUAUUUUAAGUCCUCAGAACAUUUUCUACAAAUGGAAUGGCCAGUUUCAUCCUAUUCUGCCUACCCACCAUGCCUACAUCACAGAAACUAAGGUUGGGGUCACUGGAGGAAAGACACAACUGAUCUUAAACAGGGGUACUACACGCCAGGUUUAUGAACGCACUUGUGGUGGCUCUAGUCGAGAUGACCCCAACCGUGCAGUGUUCACCUGUAGUGCAACCAUGCAGCCAGCCGAGUAUUCUGGCUCUCUUACAGUGCCUUUUCAGCAUGGUGACCAGCUGGAAUUUUCCUUCCAUGCAGAUGUGGGAGGGUUUGUCAAGGUUGAAAACAAAGAGACAAGAAUGAUAGAAACACAUUAUUUUAAUGGCAACACCAAAACCCACCAGUUCCAGAUUCAUUUUGACACCAUUGUUCCAUACCACUGCAAAAUUGCUUCUGGAUGUGGAGAGUCCAUGUUAACAGUCAAAGAUAUCACAAAUCUAACACACAAAAUAUUCUGUGGAAUGGCUGGAAAGAUGACAAUGCUGGCAUACACCAGAUGACAUACCAGGUGUAUGAACUGGACUAUGUGGGAACUACACUCCAGCACAAAGCUCUUGCCACAAGAGGCCUUGUCAACAGUACUGGAUCUGGAUCUACAAAUUUUUCUGUAACAAGCCCUGGAAUGUAUUCCAUUGUCCUGUCUGCUGUGGACAGAGCUGGAAACCACAAAUCUUGCCGGAGACUUUUUCUUUAUGAUUCGUCUUCCCAGAUCAGUGUCACAGCCUCC